GCAAUGGCCAUGCAGUUUUAGUUAAGAAAAGCAAACCCGUUGACUAAUUCGACUCAGUUCGAAAUUGUAUCCCAACAGAGAGAAAAAUCAAAGUCGCUUCAGUAUAGCCGAUUAAAGUUGUAAUUUUGAUAGGCUAGAGAGAUGGCUAGCAUUACCUUCAAGAAUCGCCCCACCCAGGUGUUGCACACCUACCAAGUCUGGCGCAUUGGCAGCAAUGUGGACGACAAGACUCUUGAUUACUGUCUACAGGAUAAGUCUUUGGACAAGUUUCAUGCCAGCUUGACCCGUGGCGAGAAGGGAUUGUUUCUGGUCAACGAGAGUCGCCACGGAAGUGUGGCCGUGAAUGGGAGACGAAUCGGCGGUCCGGUACUCAUCACCUUUCGGGAUGCCAUCAAUGGGAUUGUCAGGCUCCGUUUUGGCCAAGUCGAGGGCUAUCUUCGGGUAUCGGGAAGCAUUACUGGCUAACAAGGAUACUUCGCCCUUUGGAUAGAUCGAGUUCUCAAAUCGUUCGUUUACCUUUUUUUACUGAAUGUACGUUUGCACGAAUAAAGCAAGGACAAUGUAUGUAGCAUAUUGCAUUGUCAAGGAUAAUGC